AUGAAUGUGAUUCUUAUAAUAUUUUAUAUUGUAAUAUCUUAUAUUAUAUAUUCGGGUUAUCAAAAACUAAAGGUUUCAAAUGAAAAACAAAUAGAUGGUCCUAUUCCUUUACCAGUAAUUGGAAAUUUGCACCAAGUUUGUAAUAUGUCCAAACAAUCAUUUGAAAAUAUGUUAAAUUUAUAUAAAAAAAUAGUUAGAAUCCAUGUGGGUGACAUCACUUAUAUCACAGCUCACGAUCCUGUAUUGAUAAAAGAAAUAUAUGUCGAUAAUUUCGAAAACUUUGCCAAUAGACCUGACGUUCCUGUAAAAAGUUUCCAUGGAAACCUUGGCAUUGGGACAUCUAGCGGUCAAGCAUGGAAAGAAAAUAGAAGAGUUCUAUCACAAUCAUUAAAAAAAAUCAAUAUAAAACAUAUUUACAAGUGUAUCGAAGAUGAGACCCAAUUAUUUAUUUAUGCAAUGAAUGAACAUGCAAUUGCUAAAAAACCAUUUAAUCCAUUAAAGCAUAGCAUCAACUAUUUAUUAAAAAUAUUUUCCAAAUAUAUGCUUAAUGAGAGUCUAGAUUUAAAUGAUGAAAAUGUUCAAAAAGAAUUUAUUAUUCCAAUGAACAAGAUUUUUAAUUUAUUUGGAAAAGGAAAUCCAGCUGAAGCUAUAGAUAUUUUAAAACCUUUUUAUUCAUUUUACCUAAAAUACUUUGAAAAGAAUCCUAAAUUAUUUAAUGACUAUUUUACAAAGAAAGUUUACGAGCAUUUAGAUACAUAUGAUCCAAAUGAAUGUAGAGACUUGGUUGAUCUUUUGAUCAAAGAAUUUAGGGACUCAGACCCAGACUAUAUUGAAAGAAUUGCUGCCAACUGUAAAGAUAUCAUCAUAGGUGGAAUUGAAACAAGUGUUAAUGCAAAUACAAAUAUUUUUAUGAUGGCCUCCAACUACCCAGAGGUUCAAGAAAAAGUUCACAGCGAGAUUAAGAGUGUAGUUGGUAAAGAUAGAAAUGUAGUCAAUAUUGAGGAUAGACAAUACCUUCCUUACACGGUUGCAUUCAUCAAAGAAUCAUUAAGAUACAGAUCACCAACUGCAUUUUCACUUCCAAGAGUAGCAAAGAAUGAUAUUAUAAUAAAUGAUCAAUAUUUUAUCCCUAAAGAUGCAAUCAUAUCAGUCAAUCAACAUGCUCUAUCCAUGAAUAAAGAAUACUAUGACAACCCAGAAGAAUUUGAUCCAACAAGAUUCUUAAAAGAUCCCCACAAUCCAGCAUUUUUACCAUUUACUCUUGGUCCUCGAAAUUGUGUCGGUAAAAACUUCUCCCUUGACGAAUUAUUCCUCUUUGUGUCCAAUAUCUUUUUAAAUUUUAAAAUAAUGUCAACAGAUGGCAAAAAAAUUGAUGAAUCAAUUAAAUAUGGCAUUGUCCAAUCUGAAUAUAAAGACUUUGACUAUCUUUUAGAAAAAAGAUAAAUAAAAAUAAUAAAUUUUAUUUAUAUUUAAAGUUUUUAGAAAAUUUUAUUUAUAGUUUUU